GUCAUACUGACAAUCGUUAUGUCACAAUAAAUGAAAGAAACCCAGAAAAUAAACAAAAUUACAAAUAUUUAGCCCAAUUCGUCAUGAUUUAAUGUUUAUUUUAAAUUUACUUUCACAAAUUCAGAUCUAGCACUUAAAGGCCUAUUUACCCCAGAUAUUUUGCAACACCCCAAAAAUGGAGCUUUCCCAUAGCUUAACAUUAAAUGAAGAAGCAUUAGCCCAAAUCUCUGAGGCUAACAAGCCAGUGUUCAUAUUUGAGUGGCUUCGGUAUUUGGAUAAAGUCCUUGUUGCAGCACAGAAGAAUGAUAUUAAAGGGUGCCAAAAGCAAUUAGUGCAGCAGUUAAUGAACCACAUUAAUAACUCUCCUGGGCCAUCCACUCGUCAAUUAAUAGCCAGAUGCCUUGCCACCUUGUUUUCAGUUGGGGAUGCUUUUUUACUUUUUGACACAGUAAAUCAGUGCAAUGAUAUCCUUAAAAAUAAGGAUGAUAGCCCCAGUUUUCUACCUACAAGACUGGCUGCCAUAUGUUGUGUAGGAACAAUGUAUGAAAAACUAGGAAGAAUGAUGGGAAGGUCCUAUGAAGAAACAGUACAAAUUUUAGUAAGAUCCUUAAGAAGUGCAGAGUCUCAGACAAGAAUUGAAAUAAUGCUCACAUUAGAAAAAGUUUGCGCUGGUAUGGGGAGUGCAGCGAUAAAUAUCCACAAAGACAUCUACAAAGCAGCAAGACCAUGUUUGGUGGACCGCAAUAUGGCAGUGAGAUGUGCAGCCUCAAAAUGUCUCCUGGAACUUUUAAAACAUGCUACAUUUCUCCAUACAACUGAGCUUGAAAGCUUAGCAACUUUAUGCUUCAGAGCUUUCGAUGGUUCCAACUAUGAAGUGAGGUGUGCUGUUGCAAGGUUGCUGGGUACUUUGGUGGCAACUACUCAGCAAAACCAGAAAGAAGGCAGCAGCAAGAAUGCUCUCGUUAACAAGAAUGUGAAAGUGUUUUCUCUGGAUGAAGCAAUGGGAAUAUUGAUGUCAGGAUUUCUUCGUGGUGGAGUUGGAUUUUUGAAAGGCACCGGAGAAAUUAUUAAAGGGAGUUCUGGGGUGAAUAGGGAAGUCAGAGUUGGAGUUACUCAUGCAUAUGUAACGUUUGUACAAAUACUGGGAAGUUCCUGGUUAGAAAAAAACAUGAAAACAUUUUUGUCGCAUGUCUUGUAUUUAGUUGCCAAUCCAAAAGCGGCCUCCUCCCAUGUAGACGCUGUGUAUUCUAGGAAAUGUAUAAAUUUCAUUCUGAGAUGUAUUUUUGGCAGAAUGUUUGGCGAAAAAGCACAAAUAACAGCUUGCAAGCAAAUAGCACAGAUAAUUGUCAAAGAAAUGAACAGCAUUGAUUUUAACCCAGAAAAUGCUAAGGAAUUUAAUCAGGAAACUUUAUUUAGCCAACACCUUUUAGUGUGUGCUUUGCAAGAAAUUGGAAGUUUAAUACUGAGCUUGGGAACUACAGCACAUGUCCUAAUUACUGAUCAAUCACUGAAUGUUAUCGACGUUACUAUGGGAGUGCUUGUCCACCCGUGCCAAGCUGCUAGGUUGGCUGCUGCCUGGUGCCUUAGGUGCAUCUGUGUUGCUGUGCCUAGUCAAAUAUCUCCCCUUAUAGAUCGUUGUGUGUCUGGUUUAGAGCAAUACCGCACAUCCCCAGAGGCAAUAUCAGGCUAUAGCUCAGCCCUAGUAGCAGUUUUAGGAGGUGUAAAACUAUCCCCUCUAGGAGUUCCUCACACAAAAGGCAAAAUUAUUUUCAACACAGCAGAAGAGCUGCUACGCAGCGCGAGUCAAAACAGCCGUUUAUCAAUUGCACGUACCAACGCCGGUUGGCUACUAGUUGGUGCAGUUGCUGCUCUUGGACCUGCAGCUGCACGACCGCUACUUCCUAGAAUGUUGCUAUUGUGGCGCAAUGCAUUUCCUAGAUCAGCAAAGGAAUUAGAAUCGGAAAAAGCUCGUGGAGAUGUUUUUACUUGGCAGGUAGCGUUAGAGGGAAGGGCAGGCGCUUUGGCUGCUAUGCACAGUUUGCUGUUGCAUUGUCCAGCGUUGGCUACUGGGGAAGAUGCUGGAAAACGAUUGUUGCAACCCGUCGAGGCAGCGCUUGCCAUGCUUACUAGCCUCUCAGGUGUUUUAAAGACUUACGGUCAACAAUUAAAAGCCCCGGCCGCAAUGGUACGAUUGAGGCUUUGUGAAACUCUGCUUCUGUUGCCUCCUCACUCCUUUGAGAGUUCGUACACCCAUUUGUUAAGAAUGCUGGUGGCUGAGUUUACUUUAGCUGAAAAUCCGGCCAAUACAACGACUUCUCAAUUAAAAACGGUGUGCCAUGCUGAUGAUGCCAUUCUUUUGGGCACUUGGCUACAAGAGACUGAUCAUGGAACUAUUGAAGAUCAGAUGGAACCGAAUAGGAAAAGUGAUAGUGAUCAUCUUCAGACUCACAGUGCAGCAGGUUCCGGUGCCCUGGAACAUGACCCAAGUUGCCUCUUCAGAGCUGGAGGCUUAGAAGACCCUCCCGGUCCCCUCCCUUUAGGAGUAGCUGUCAUUGACGCAGCUGUGUUGCUUUUCGGUCAGCUAUUCCCUAGGGUGAGCCAUAAACAUCGAAUGCAGACUCUGGAUCAUUUUGCCGAAUGUGUUCGGGCAUCCCGUAGCUCUCGACAAGAAGCUGUGCAGUUAAACGCGUUUGCUGCCCUCCUAUGCGGAUUGCGCAGCCUAUCUGCGGCAAAAGCAUCAUUGAGUGCAGAGGAAGCCAAACGGGCAGGGGCUCUAGCUACAGGCGCUCUAGCCGCCCCUGGUGCUCCUGCUGUUCUCCGUGCAGCAGCAGCCGAAACUUUAGGCAGACUUGCUCGAGCUUUAGCAGAUCCUCGAUUCACUGCCGAACUGAUCCAAGCUAGCAUUGAACGUCUUAAAACAGCAAGAGAUGCAGCCUCUCGUACUGGACAUUCUUUAGCAUUGGGAGCAUUGCAUCGCCACGUUGGAGGCCUUGGAGCAGCAAGACUAAUGCAAACCAGCGUUUCCAUACUGCUUGCUUUAGCACAGGAUAGAGCUUCUGCGGCUGUGCAGGCUUGGGCUUUGCACGCCCUUCGUCUUUGCGCAGAUGCCGGAGGUCCUAUGUUUAGAGGUUUUGUUGAACCUGCGUUGGCGGCAGCCAUUAGACUACUUUUGGAGACUCCACCGGCUUCUGUAGAUGUUUAUAGGUGUGUAGGCAAGUUGUUGUCAUCACUUAUUACUACUAUUGGACCAGAACUUCAGGGAAAUACAUCAACAAUAUGUAUGGCUCGUUCAUCAUUCUUAUGUGCCUGUGCUGCACUUCAAGGACAUCCAGAGCCUGUAGUUCAAGCCGAAGCUACUGCUUGCCUGCAACAAUUACAUCUGUUUGCGCCCAAACAUGUUAAUCUUUCAUCGCUAGUUCCAACUCUCUGUAGGGCUCUAUCAAGUGAUCAUCUACUGCUACGAAAAGCAGCGAUUUCAUGCUUAAGACAACUUGCCCAAAGAGAAGCCAAAGAAGUAUGUGAGUUGGCGGCAGCUUUAGCAAGUGAAGGCACAAACGUAGAGGGUCUAAUUAUAACAGAAACUGGACUCCCUGGAGUUUUCUUUGGUUUACUGGAUACUGAGACUGAUUCUAGUUUAAUCAAGGAUAUUCAUGACACUAUUAUUAGCAUGUUGCAAGUUUUAGCAACUGGCCAGUUAACGGAGUGGCUGGGAUUAUGCAAAGAUGUCCUUACAGUAGCUUCAGAACCUGGGGAAGAUCAAAGAAAUGGUCUUGAUGUACCAGAAGAUGACGAUCAAGAACAGUUUCAUGCUGAAGAAGAAAAUCAGCGCUCAGUGCAACCCAGGUGGCCUACAAGAGUUUUUGCUGCUGAGUGUGCAAGGCGAGUACUUUCAGCAUGUACCGCUAAACGACUGGGAUCUCAGCUACCAGAUUUAAUCCGUAUGGCAUUUGUUGCUGCCACAAGUGACUCUGAUCCAUUAAGGCUCGAAGGAUUAAAAAUGCUUAGAGAGAUUAUCGAAAAAUUUGCUACUGAACCAGAACCAGAGUUCCCGGAACAUUUAUUACUUGAACAGUUCCAAGCUCAAGUAAGCGCUGCCUUGAGACCAGCUUUUGCUGGUGACACGGCUCCCCACGUUACAGCUGCGGCAUGUGAAGUUUGCUCUGCUUGGAUUGGUGCUAGAGUAGCAAGAGAUGCUGCUGAUCUACGCAGAGUGCAUCAACUAAUCGUCUCGUCACUGGGCAAGUUAGGAAAACCGUCAGCAGCUGGCACUUUGUUGUAUAAUGAAGCUAUGUUAACCUUGGAACGGUUAGCAAUAUUAAAAGCUUGGGCUGAGGUGUAUGCCGUUGCAGCUGGAGCCAGAGGACCACCAGAUUCUGGCUUAUUAGAACUAGUAAAGCCGCAGUUGGCCACACUAGCACGCCAUUGGUUAAAUGCCUUGAGGGAUCGCGCAUUACUCGCUUUGCCACCAGAGUUUUCGGGUCAGCUGCCACAUGACGGUGGAGCAUUUUACACAGCAGAAACAGCUGAAGCUGCUAGACAACAUUAUACAGCUUCUUGGCCUCCAAUUUUGCUUGCUGCAGCAUUAUGGCUCUCUCAACCAUCAAAUACUACAAUUUCUCCGGAUGAUGAACCAAAUAACAACCCGGCACCUGAUGAUCAUUUUAGACUGCUUUUUGGUACUUGCAUUGAGGCAUUAUGUGGACCUAGAGGCACUGAGUCUCCUGAGAUUGUUGAUACUUGUUUAAGAGCUCUGAGAGGUAUUUUGGAAGUUUCCAAAGCAAGAGAGCUUUUGCUUGAAGACCCAGCUCUUAUUGUUGAGCUUUGCAAUGUGUUGCAUCGCUUGGUGCUUACUUUGGACUCGGCCGAUUGUUCACUGCUUUGUAUGGAGGUUUUGCAACAAGUUUUGAGAGCUGCAACAAAUAAAUUGGACGACGAUCGAAAUAGACAACCGGAUAAUGUUGAAACUCGUACAAGAGAUGAUCGUGAUGCAAUGGGCGAAGGAGGAAAAGAUGGGGACUUGGAUCCAGAUAAGUCAUUGGUGUUUGCUGCUUUAGAAAUUUGUUUAUGUUUGAUUGUACGGCAAAUUCCCGCAUUAAGUCCGACUCCUCAUCCAGCAAUGACAGGAGCACCAAGAGUAGCUGACCCAAAAUUACUCGGGGCAGCAUUUAACGCCUUGAGUGCUUUACCAGGACUCUGUUCCUUGCAAGGAACUUUAUCAGUGCUGCCGACUCUCUUGUACCUUGGUACUGGAGUACUAAAAGAAGCUCCAUCAGCUGCACCGGGCGCACUUCAACUUUUACGAGUUUUAGCUUCAGAUGAGAGGGCAAAUGAUGAAGAAUGGAGGCACCUAUUGCAAAGUGCCCUGGCUAAAGUUAUUGAUUUGGCGAAAACUCCUGGCCCAGACGAGGCUGCUCCGUUAUUGGCUAUUGCGGUGUUUGUGCUGCAUGCACCUUCUGAAGUAGCUGCUGCUCCCAAUUUACAAUAUCCGUGUAUUAAUCAUUUUAGGCAGUGUUUGCAGAGUAAUGAUAAUCCGACCAAACUAAAAUGUAUCAAAACCCUAAAAUCACUUUUCUCCCAUACGGAAAAAGCAGUGGCGACACCCUACAUACACUCCUUAGCCCCACAACUGGUGGAAUUUCUAUAUUCUGAUAAUGCUAAAAGAAUAACCUCGAAUGAAGAAUUCUGCAUAACAGUCGAAACAAUUAACGCUGUUGAAAGCCUGAUAGCGUUAGCUGAACCACAUAACAGAAUUCAGAUGCUUUCUCUUCUUGUGCCAACUCUAGUUAACUAUUUACUCCAAAACCCUUAUGAUAAGUCUUUGAAUAAGUAUUCUGUUUCAUUGCAUGAAGUGAGCUUGGAGAAAUUGAUGAAGAUCGGACCUACAUAUCCUCAAGAAUUCAAAAAACUGAUGAGUACCUCUACACAACUCAGGACAAAAUUGGAAAGUGCCAUAAGGUCAAGCCAGCAAAACAGCAUAAAAGUAAAGAAUGAAAACAACAUUAAUCAGCCAAUGUCAAUUCAUAUGCCAACAAUAAAACUAAAAACCGAUUUUAGUAAUUUUUCGUAAAUACUAGUAUAUUAAAACGGUUAUAAAGGUGGUUUCCGAAACAAUUCUAGUACAUUUCUUGGAUUAAAAUAACCAGAUUCAGAAUAAAAUUUAACAGUAAGCGCCUGAAGUAAUUUUUGUUUUUACAAAUUACUUUAGGCCUUCUAUCAAACUUUGACAAUGUAUUCCAAAAAUGUGAUUUUAUAGAAAUCACGUUUUCACCCUUUCGGGACACCCUAUACAUCCGCCGAACUCGACUACAAAUAUUUAUUUGCUUUGCACUAAAGCUUUACUAGUUUCUGAAAAUAACUAACAAACGCGAUCUUAUUUUCAAUAGUGAAAAGUAUUUUGGCAAACAUUCCCGUGACAUAACUUUGGAUUUUCGCUAAAUCUUGGCUAUUAGUAGAUACAAAUGUUGAUAUACAGGGUGGUUAUUUAGAUGUAUUUAUUUAUUGGGUUUUUCAUCGUAAGAAAUUAAAUUUACAGUUGGUAACUUGUAUACGCAUGUAUCUACGAGGUUAGAAAAUUUAUUAACCUAAAAGGAAAUAAAAAAUAUAUAUUAAGUAAACGUAUGUUGAAUUAAGGAUUUUUCGACUGCACUUUGACCAUAGUAUUCAACACGUUGAAAUUUAAACUUUUUAUUUUUUCUUGACUAUACAAAGAAUAAUUUGUAAUAUUUUAGCCUUAAACAUAGAAAUUGAACGUCCUGAUUAGCCAAUAAAUUGUUAGCAAUAUUUCCAAUAUCAAAUGUAAUGAAAAGAAAUGUAUGUAUGUAUGUGUUAUAGACUGAGCAAACUAUUAUGUGUAAUAUGCUUAUGCAAACUUUCCUAUAUCAAGAUAAUGGACACGUUAAAGUCAAAAUUAAUUCAGAUCUACCUAGGGCGAUAUUUUUGCCUGACUUUUAAGUGUCUAAAUAUAAUUUUUGUGAUAUUGUUUAAAACGAAUCUGAAUUUUUAUAUAAUUAAACCCUUAUACAUUGUAUUAUGAUUUUAUAAAUAGUAUUAACCAAGGCUUUAGUCUACUUUUAUAACUUUAUUUCCAAAUUAUUUCAAUACAAUAAAAUAUUAAACAAG